CUGUAAUGACGAAAAGUGUAUCUUUUUCGGUAAAAAGGAGGAAAAAUCGCCACGUUGAGGUCUGAUUAUUACGGGAACAAAAGUAUAAUUUUGCACUAAAAUGAUUUAAGUUACUAUUUAGAUAAAAUCGCUAUUUGAAGUACAUAAGUGAUUUUUAAGGCAAAAUCGCUAAUUCAAUGACGAACUAAUUGAAAUGUUAAUAUUUUUUAAUUUUUUUUUUUUUUUUUUUUAAUUUUUAGGAACACACAUUUCAUUUUAUUGCCUUGUUCUCCCGGCAAACAAAUAAUUCAAUUCCAUGGACAACCCACCAAAAAUCCCAUGCCCCAUCGAGGGUGCUGAGAUAUCAGAGCUCGACGAUUUCCUUCUGCAGAAAAUUCUCUCCAAACUCCCGGCCAAAAAUUUCGCAUCAGCCGCAUGCGUUAGCCGCGAUUGGAACGACAUUUGUAGUCGUAUUCUAGUUCGUCCCAAAUUAUUAUCUGUAUUCUCUUUGAAUACCAGCCUUAGGGAAGCUGUGAAUGAGGUGACUGAAAAGGUUCUUUCUGAGCCAAUUCGACCUGAUUUUGCAAUUCUCUCGAUUUGUCAUAAAUUUGAUCUCGAUGAUGCUCAUAAACUUAUUACUGAGAAAUUGGGUACUAAAAUCCCGAUUGUUACAUGUGAUGUCAAUGGGAUCAUUGGAAGGGAUGCGGAAACUGACUGUUUAAAAGAGGUGAUGUUCCCAAAUUUUGAUGAUGAUGCUGAUCAUGAUGAUCAUUGUCCUCUGCACAAUGGGGGUAUUUCAUUAACAAUUGGAUAUUUGCCUAGCCUUAAAGUUGGUAUCAUCUCACUUCCUAAAGCAAAACAGGGAGGUAGUAUUGACAAGUUUGUGAUGGACCUGAGGAGGUUUUCAGCUUCUGUAUCAGGUCUCACAUCCCCUGAGGCAAUCAUAAUGUUUGGAGAUUCACAAGCUCAUAUGAAACCUGUUCUCGAAAAGUUGGAUUACGCGUUGUCUAAAAAAACUGUCAUUGCUGGAAAUGAAAUCUGCAGUUUCAGGCAUUCAAGCAUUGAUACAGAAAUCAUUUCAACACAUCGAGGACAGGAAUCAUCUUAUGAUGCUGUUGCUCUUGUUUUUGCAAUGGAGAGAACUACAUUUGGUGUUCAAGGGAAAAUUGAAUUUCAUUAUGCAGUAGGAGCUGGAGUUACUGCCGUGGGCCCAACAUAUCAAGUGGUUUCUGCUAAAAGGAGUACCCCUGACUUUACCACAUGGUUGACUGCCAAACGAGAGGGAGAAAAUGAGAUUCUUGAUGGUGAAGGAUUGUUAAAUGCUUAUGAAAUGGAGAUGGGCAAUCUAUUCCCGGAUUUUGAUCUGCACAUUGGGAUAAGAAAAAGAAGAAAAUAUUCCAUUGGCUCAGAGCAGGCUAGAUAUGUGAAGACUGUGGCCUAUCAUCCUGUUCAAGAGGGAGAUGAUCAUUACCUGUAUGUUGGAGGUUUGGAUAUUAAGACUGGUGAUAAAUUUCGUUAUUACAUUCCUGAUAAAGAGUAUGCAUUGGAUUCAUGUGCCACUGUAUCUGAAAACUUUGGCAAGCUAAAGGACAAGGAUAUCAUCGGAGGUUUAGUAUUUUCUUGCUGUGGCCGUGGUGAUUUUUUCUUUGAGAAGCCAAAUGUUGAUAGCUCCCCAAUCUUGGAUAAUUUUCCUAAUAUUCCGCUGGCAGGAAUUUUUUGUGGUACUGAAAUUGGACGUGGUUUCCCCAAUUUAGGGCAAGAAGAAGCUUCAGAAAGUCUCUUGCAUGCCUAUAGUUCUAUCUACCUACUUCUGUCUUACAUUCCGCCUACUCCUAGGCCAUAGAAUGCUAGCGGAGAACCUCUCCGUGCUUGCUUAAAGAGGGUCUUGUAUGCAAAGCAAAUGACAAGUAUUGAGAAAGCUUUGUGUUUUUCGUUUGUACCCGAUAGAAUAAGUAUGACUGCCUUAAAUUCAUGCUGGUGAUUGUUCUUUGUCUGAGUUAUUUGCUGGUAGAACUUGAAAUAUAUUUUUCUAUUUUAACAAGUAGCGGCAGCGCACUAGUUGUUUAUUAGCA